AUGGAUAUUUAUGUGUUUGUCAAUUAAGAACAUGCUAUAAUAGUUAAAAAAGUUGUAAUGAAAUCCCUGCUUAAAUUGGAAAUGAGAAGGCUUAUUUUUAUGAAGUCAAGACUAAAAGUUAAUGUACUAACAUGUCAGGAACAACAUGCGCUUAACUAAAGAGUGUCUCUUUAUAGUGUAGACAAAAAUUCAACAUCUCAUUGUGCAAAAAUGAAAUAUGGAAAAAAUUAAUGUACAUAUGUAAAUAGUUAUACUUAUGUCAAAUUAAAUGCAUGUGAAAGUCAUGAUGGAUCAAAUUCAUCUGAAUUGGAACCUUUUGAUAGAGAAUGUAAAAUUUUUAUGAUUUAAAGAUGUUUUAAUUCUAAACUCGACAAUAUUUUGA